UUCAUUUUUAUUCUGUAUUUCUGUAAAAGUUUAGGGAUUAUCGCUGCGGGACAGGCAUUGUGCGGUAUGCCAUGGGGUUGUUUCCAAUGUCUGACUGUGUCUUAUGCCUCUGAAAUCUGUCCUAUGGCGCUGAGGUACUACCUGACGACAUAUUCGAAUCUGUGCUGGUUGUUUGGUCAGCUUUUUGCUGCAGGCAUCAUGAAAAAUUCCCAAAACAAAUACGCAGACUCGGACUUAGGAUAUACGCUACCUUUUGCUUUACAGUGGAUCUGGCCUGUUCCUCUAGCAAUAGCGAUAUUCUUUGCACCUGAAUCCCCAUGGUGGUUAGUCAAGAAAGGAAGACUAGAGCAGGCAAAGAGGUCGCUCGAAAGAACACUAAGCGGUAAGGGAGCCGAGAAAGAAUCACUGGUGGCCAUGGAACUGGAUAAAAUCAAAAUGACUAUAGAGAAGGAGAAGAAGCUGUCAGACGAUGAAGGCUCCUAUUUGGAUUGUCUGAGGGGCAAGGUUAAUCGGAGGAGAACGAGAAUAGCCUGUCUGUGCUGGGCCGGUCAAACUGUUUGUGGUGCGUCACUAAUAGGUUACUCAACUUACUUCUACGAGAAAGCCGGUGUUAGCACGGAAACAGCAUUCACUUUUAGUAUCAUUCAAUACUGUCUCGGUAUUGCUGCAACAUUUUUAUCCUGGUGGGCCUCAAAAUAUUAUGGUAGAUAUGACCUUUACGCUUGUGGACUGGCCUUCCAGACCGUUAUACUGUUCAUUAUAGGCGGUUUGGGAUGCUCCGACACUCACGGUGCCAAAAUGGGAAGUGGCGCUCUUCUAAUGGUCGUUGCGUUCUCAUACAACCUGGGGAUUGCCCCUGUCGUUUUUUGCUUAGUCUCUGAAAUACCAUCGUCGAGGCUGAGAACUAAAUCGAUCAUUUUAGCUCGUAAUGCGUACAACAUAGGAAAUAUCGUAGUUGCUGUUUUGAUUUUGUACCAACUGAACUCUGAGAAAUGGAACUGGGGUGCCAAGUCAGGCUUUUUCUGGGGAGGAUUCUGCCUGGCUGUUUUAAUUUGGGCUGUCUUUGAUCUGCCCGAAACCGCAGGUAGAACCUUUAUUGAAAUAAAUGAACUAUUUAGACUUGGAGUUCCAGCAAGAAAAUUCAAGUCAACAAAAGUGGACCCAUUUGCCGCCGCCAAAGCAAUCUCUGAUGAAAUCAACCAUAAAGAUCCCAAGGAAGAUAUGAAAGCUUCCGCCGAGGAGAGAGAGCAAAGCACCCCAUCUCUAAUGGAUUGA